AUGGGUAGCCUGCCAAAUUUGAGUGAUUUGUCGACGGAGAAGCUGGAGCGGCGAUUGGAGGAACGCGAACGGAUGCUCGCCCGGGAGCGCAUCAUCGAGCGGGACUUUGUUCGCGAUAAGGAUGCAACGACUAUGGCCAUGGCGACGGCACGGGCACACGAGCGGCCGAUGUUUCUACACCAGCAACAGAUUGCCGCCGUCAAGAGUUUAUUCCAGCAGAAACAUCCUCCCAUCGGACGGAAGGUAAUGCGAACCCGCAGUUCCGGCCAGGCACAUCACAUCUGGGAUGAUCCAAUGAUAGAGCAAUACCUCAACAACUAUUCAUCGCCUGCCUCAUCGCGCAGUCAUCGUUUGAUUGUGGCGCCUACCAUCGCCGGCGGGUUUCCCUUUCAAAGUUCCACCCUCGGAAAUCGACGACGUGAUUCCGGCAAUAGUUCGAUAGGUGCCACCUCGGUACGACGUUUGCUUACGGUGAACAACCGCAGUUACGGGUGUCGUCAUAAAAUUCCGGCGCACGUGCGAUCAAAAGUUACGAAAACCUUUGUAUUUCUCACCAUUGCUCACGGACUGAUGUGUGCCGCGCUCAUACCCUUGAUAGGACUACAGGGGUCAAAUUCUACCUGGUUUCAGCAGGAAACAUGGCUUGCGAUGGGACCAGACAUUGGGUCUGCUCUGCUGAGCAUGUGCUGCCUGAUGACGGCCGCGAUGUGUUUAGUGACGACGAAAGUUUUGCGCAGAUUUGGAUACUCGAUUGUGUUAGCUUUGGUCUACGGUAGUCUAUGUGUUUUCUUAGCCACUCAUAUCUAUCCGGUGUUGGUGUCAUUGAUUCCUGGAUAUCUAAUUCUGGGCCUGGUGUUGGGUCCAUCGGUUAUAUGUAAGCAAACAUUGGUUGUUUCAAUGGCUGGAAAGUUAAGCUGUUCUCAACCGGAGUGUGGAGGAACUAGCAUGGCUGGUAUCAAUGCUGACAGUUACGAUGAUCAUAGGUUAUUGUGCAGCAAGGAUGAAACCAUUCGACGGUUUUGCAGAUGGUAUAAGGCAGCUGGAGAUUUUGGCAUGAUCAUUGGAACAUUGGUAGCUGCAUUCAUUCUAACUUGUGCCUCAUCUAAUCGAGCAGGAUGCUACUACAUAACGACUCUCUCUACUGUGAAUGCUUCGGGGUCUAUCUCAGCUCAGUAUAAUAACACUGCACCAUCAACUUUAGCGUCCAACAGUAUAGCAUACCAUCAACCGUCCAUUGAAUUUGGUACCACUUCAACCGACUACAAACCUUCAGAUCCCAAUCCAACAACAAAAGUAACCGCACCGGAGAUGCCAAGUUUUCGAGAAACCUUGUUCUUUCUAUACAACAUUCGAAUACAUCAUGAAAACAGGGAGGAAGAUGACGGUUUCCAGUUGGAUCGAUUUCCUUAUAGCACCUUCCAAACCAAUGAUCAUGGUGAACGAAUUUGUGGAUCACAUUUGUGUCCUGUUUGGGAUCGGAAUAUUCCGCUAAAUAACAGCGCCCUCAGUACGUUUAGUUUGCAAAGCUACAGCGGCACCGUGCCACUGAUGGGAAUAUAUCUUAUCUUCGGUGUGAUAGCUUUAACUUUGACCGGAUUCACAGCGGACAUCGAGCAUAAUGUUAAAUUUGAUUCGAUUCGAAAAAUGUCCGACACGCUGCUGUUCGCCGGACCGAUGGCAUACUUUAUUGGAACUGAGCAGGGAUAUAUGCUGGCGGAUUUCAUGAAGGCAUUUGUAUCCUGUGAACUGGGUCCAAACAGCGUAGCAGGAGCGAUGAUUGGUAUGGGGAUAAUGCAAUUAAUCGCGGCGUGCACCUUGAGCAUGCUGCUAAGACACACCAAACGGGUCGUCGUUAUUAUUGCCGGAUGCAUUUUCCACGCAUGUCUGCUGCUGGUUUUGCUGCGCUGGAAACCUUCGAAGGAUGACAGUGCCGUACUCUACGUGAUCCCGGCAGCCUGGGGUGUGUGCAAUGCAGUUUGGGAAACGCUCCUUACUGCCCUGGUCACUCUUACGCAUAGUACAAAAGUAGCGGAGGUCCAAUCACCAUUGCAGGCACUACGGUUUCUUGGACUGGGAAUUACCUUCGCCGGACACGGAAUGCUUUGCGAAGCACCGAAGAUUAUCAUCUUGGCUAUCCUGCUGGUGAUCUCGGUCGUUCCUUACACCAUGCUGGAACUGAAACUGGAAAGCCAACGAAAGGCCGCCAAAGUGAACUUAUGA